GUUGCGGCUAACAAGGACAACCGCAGAGAGUCCCUGGCAGGGGAGAGCCUCCGAUGGGCCUGAGGAGGCAGCUUAAGGGAGUCCGCACGGAUUUGGUUUACCUUUUGGAUCCGAUCCCGGGAGAGAGCUGAUGAGGUGGACGUCUUUCAAGCUUUCCUUCUCUCACUCCUUUCCAACGAGUCCACUUGAAUCUGACAACCGCUAGACAACGCAAAGCAUUCCCAUCUGAUCCGCCAUGGGGAAGACCGGACAGAGUACGGUGGAUCUAAACUCCCCGUCUGACGUCAAACAAGCCGUUCCUUUUGAGGAACUGGACCAGGUGACGCCCCCUAUGGAGCAGGAGGAGAAAAAAGAGGAGCCCCCCGAUAGAGGAAGCUGGAAGGGCAAGUUCGAUUUCCUGCUGUCAUGCGUGGGGUACGCCAUCGGCUUGGGGAACGUGUGGAGGUUCCCGUAUUUGUGCGGGAAGAACGGCGGAGGAGCCUUCCUGAUCCCAUAUUUCCUGACGCUGGUGUUCGCCGGAAUACCGCUGUUCUUCCUGGAGACGUCCCUGGGACAGUUCACCUCCGUGGGGGGCUUGGGAGUUUGGAAGCUCAUGCCGAUGAUGAAAGGUGUCGGUCUGGCUGCGGUGGUGCUGUCCUUCUGGCUCAACAUCUACUACAUCAUCAUCAUCGCCUGGGCGCUCUACUACUUGUUCAAUUCCUUCGGUUCGGAGCUUCCCUGGCAAAACUGCAACAAUCCCUGGAACACGGACAAAUGUUUCAGCAACUACAGCCUGGCGGACACCACCAACCUCACCAGCGCCGUCACCGAGUUCUGGGAGCGUAACAUGCACCAGCUGUCCGGCGGUCUGGAGGAACCAGGAGAGCUUCGUUGGCCUCUGGUGGGCACCCUGGCACUGGCCUGGGUCCUCGUUUAUUUCUCAAUCUGGAAGGGAGUGGAGUGGACCGGGAAGGUGGUGUACUUCUCAGCCACCUAUCCCUACUUCAUGCUCUUCAUCCUGUUCUUCCGGGGCGUCACCCUGCCGGGGGCCAUCGAUGGCAUCCGCUUCUACAUCACGCCCAACUUCAACAAGCUGACAAGCUCCGAGGUGUGGCUGGAUGCCGCCACUCAGAUCUUCUUCUCGUACGGCCUGGGCCUGGGUUCUCUCAUCGCGCUGGGGAGCUACAACAGCUACAAUAACGACGUCUACAAGGACUCCAUCAUCGUGUGUUGCAUCAACUCCUGCACGAGCAUGUUUGCAGGCUUUGUCAUCUUCUCCAUUGUGGGAUUCAUGUCCAACAUCACCAAGAAGCCUGUGCGGGAGCUGGCCGCUUCAGGUCCUGGUCUGGCGUUCUUGGCUUACCCUCAGGCCGUCACCCAGCUUCCCAUGUCGUCUCUGUGGGCCAUCCUCUUCUUCUCUAUGCUCAUGAUGCUGGGCUUGGACAGUCAGUUCUGCACGGUGGAAGGCUUCAUCACAGCUCUCAUGGACGAGUACCCCUUACUGCUGAGGAAGAGGAAGAAGAGCUUCAUCCUCAUGGUCUGCUUCAUCUCCUUCAUCAUCGGGUUCUCCAACAUCACACAGGGCGGCCUGUACGUCUUCAAGCUCUUCGACUACUACUCAGCCAGCGGGAUGUGUCUCCUCUUCCUGGUCUUCUUCGAGACGGUCUCCAUCGCCUGGUUGUACGGUAGGAACCAUCUCGGCCGGUUACGACCGCUCGUCUCUGUGACGCAAUCGCAAUGUUUACGUUUCACGUCAGGAGCUGACAGGUUCUACAAGGACAUCGAGGACAUGAUCGGAUACCGACCCUGCGCUUGGUGGAAACUUUGUUGGAAGUUUUUCACACCGCUUAUCUGUCUGGGCGUGUUUACCUUCAGCGCCGUGGAGAUGACGCCCCUGACCCUGGGCAAGUACGUGUACCCGCUGUGGGGCCAAACCAUCGGCUGGUUCAUGGCAAUGUCCUCCAUGGUUCUCAUCCCGGGUUACGUCAUCUACAUGUUCUGCAGAACGCCGGGUAGCGUCAAGCAGCGCUGGAAGAGGAUGACAACAUCCCAGCAGGACGACAAACCAUCAGGUCAUGACCUUUUCACUCAAAUUGUUGGCGAAGCUCCCGUCUAGAACCGCAACCCUCCUGGAAAAUAUUCACCUUUAACCUCUGUUUAAUCUUUCAGUGUCAGUUAUGUGUCUUAUUUUUGUUUACAUAAUGAACAAAACACAAAAACAAUUAGAAAAAUGUAAAUAUAUGCUGCUUAUACUGUGUUACUAAAUAAUAUUUUGAUUAUUUUUAGCAAGGAUAUUGUUUAAAGCAAACAUGGUAUCGCGAUAAAUGAAGUAGUGUGAAAAAAAAUGCAGUUUUUUUCUGAAGUUAGCUUUUUGUCAAGAACUGCAACAAGUGUACUUUGAAUGAAACCGUAAGAGGUAUUUUUAUUCCUGUACCUUGUACUGCAUAUGCAUGAACUAAAAUGUGUAUAAAAAAAAAAAAAAAACAUCUGGGAAUGCUUUGUGGUGUUAAAGCUGCAGGAAAAGGGGCGUUUAAAGCAACACAACAUAGCGCUGGAUGGACUGGAAUCCUAUUUAAUAGCAUGUUGAUAUACUGCAGAGACAGGUCAAAGGGUGGAAUUUGACUGUGGGAAGUGAUGGUGCAUUUCUCUCACACUCCCUUUUCCCACUUCCCACUAUCAUGAAUGUGUUUUUUUUUCCCUUUACAUCAACAUUCCCGAACAUUUUCGGAGUCAUUCAUGAAGCAGUGCAUUUGUAUGGGACAGCCCUUUGGUCAGUGUCCUGUAUGUGAAGGUCCGCCACUCACGGGACUCCCGAAAUGCUACAUUGGUUGCCGUGCUUACGUCCCCUCAACGCACACACGCACAUACACACACGAGUAAAGCAUUUCCGGAAAAAAAGCAAAAAGGCGACUGAACGGGGGAGAAAAAAAGCAGAUAUUAGCCACUGUGCAUCCUACUGUCAGUGUAUUUGUUUGACUGGGGGGGGGGUUAGAAUAAUAAUAUCUUUUUUUUCAAAUGGCUUCAGCCUUCAUGUGCUCACACUUGAUUCAAUCAUGCACAAAAACAUACUCUGGGAUAACAUGCAAAGCCAACAAACUUCAUAUUGUAAUGUUUAUCAAGCCAAUAAGUACAAAUAAAUCCCAUAAUAAAUCAUCUGCCUAUGUUUUCGC